GUCAUUGUGUAGCUCAAGCAAAAAAAGGUGGCUUAGUAUUUGAGUUCUAUUUUCGUGAAGGAUUUCUAGAUCAUCAAUAGAACGAUCCAUGCAUAUUCUAUCCCAAGUAUGGAGUAUGGAUCAAGUAGCUGCAUGCAAAGACAAAGAAUCAAGGAUGGAUUUACUGGGCUCGGGCUUUUUUGGGUCACAAACGUGCUGCGGAUCUUGCCGUAUCCCUUCUGCAUGCACCUACUCCGUAGUUUCGUCUCUGUGCCUAGGUAUCGUGAGCUGAGCUGAGACGAGCGGAGCGGAGCUUGAGGUAGCGGC